AUGACAAGUGAAGUUGCUGAAGAUAAUAGUAAACCUGCUUCUAACGCUAGUGCUACCGCCAACACUACCUCUUCCUCACGUAAAAGAAAGACAAACACUGAGGAACAAUCUACUGUUGAACGCAAAAUAAACCCAAGACGUGCUGCUAAAACUAAAACUGAAAUAGCAAAAGCUGAAGCUUCUUCUUCUUCCUCGACUGCAUCCAAAGGCGCUACUAAGACUAAAAAAGCAAAAACUGAGGUAUUUUUAUAUUAUAUACUUAUACUAUUACAUCUUUCUUUAUAUUGUGGUGAAUCUUCUUCAUCUUCAAAUGAUGAAAUCUUGUACACUAUGGAUGCAAAACCUCAUAAAUAUUCUACUGGUUAUGGAUGGACAACAACUAAUACAAAAGGUAAAAUCAAGGUUGAAAUCGAAGGCAAGGAAGUUGAAUUACCUGUAACCAUUAGUUUCAAUGUCACCGUUCAUGGUUCAAAGAAAUAA